AUCACCACCUAUAUAUCCAUAUACAAAAAUAUAUAUAAAAAAAAAAGAUGGCAGAAGUAGAAGGUGGUGGUGGUGCAGAAGGUCAAGCAAUAGUAGUGAUACGAGAAUACAAUCAUAAAACAGACAAUGAAAGAGUUGAACAAGUUGAGAGUCGAUGUGAAGUGGGUCCUAAUGGUCAACUUUCUCUAUAUACUGAUCUUUUAGGUGAUCCUAUUUGUAGAGUUCGUAACUCUCCUGCUUUUCUCAUGCUUGUGGCGGAAAUAGUGAGUAACGGUGGAGAAGGUUCAGCGGAGAUAGUGGGAAUGAUAAGGGGGUGUAUAAAAACCGUUACAUGUGGACAAAAACUGUCACGAAGUAGUAAAACCGGCGAACAACCUAAAACAUUACCGGUUUUUACCAAGCUUGCAUAUAUUUUAGGCCUACGUGUCUCUCCGGCUCACCGGAGAAUGAGAAUCGGAUUAAAGCUAGUGAAUAAAAUGGAAGAAUGGUUUAGAAAUAACGGGGCCGAGUAUUCAUAUAUAGCGACGGACGAUAGUAACGAAGCGUCAGUAAAUCUUUUCACUGGAAAAUGCGGUUACUCUAAGUUCCGAACGCCUUCCGUGUUAGUCCACCCGGUUUUUGCACACAAUCUACCGCUAAGCAAAAAUGUGAACAUAAUAAAGUUAAUGCCAAAUGAAGCCGAGUCACUUUACCGAAACCGGUUCUCAACUACCGAGUUUUUCCCGCGUGACAUUGAUUCGGUACUCAACAACAAGCUUAAUCUUGGGACCUUUCUAGCGGUCCCAAGAGGGUACAUUUGGGUAGGACCAGAUAAAUUUUUAUCUGACCCGCCCGAAAAUUGGGCUAUCAUGAGUGUGUGGAAUUGUAAAGACGUUUUUAAGUUAGAAGUCAAAGGGGCAUCAAAGUUAAGAAAAGGGCUAGCUAAAACAACCCGGGUUCUAGACAGGGUUUUUCCUUUUUUAAGGUUACCUUCACUACCCAAGAUUUUUAGCCCAUUUGGACUUCACAUGUUAUAUGGUUUAGGUGGUUCAGGCCCAAUGUACACUAAACUUUCCAAGGCUUUGUUUGGGUAUAGUCAUAAUUUGGCUAAAGAGUACAAAUGUGGUGUGGUGGCAACUGAGGUGUCAAGUGAGGAUCCACUUAAGUCAGUAUUACCACAUUGGAAAGUGUUAUCCUUCAAUGAUUUGUGGUGUAUAAAGAGACUUGGGGAAGAUUAUAGUGAUGGAUCAGUGGGUGAUUGGAGAAAGUCUCAACCUGGUUUAUCCAUUUUUGUUGAUCCUAGAGAGUUCUAACUUUAAUAUAUAUAACAAUAUAAGAAGAAGAAGAAUGAAGAAGAAAGAUAGUUGGUGGUCUAGUUACCUUGCUUCAAGGCUUUGUUUGGCUUCUUGUUACCUUUUUCUUGUUUUUGUUAGCUUUUUGAAGCCUUUAUUUUAAGCUUUGUUUUAAUGGGUGGGUGGGGAAGGCAAGGAGAUGAGUAGCAAAUGUGUUCCUUGGGGGUAUAUCCUCAUGUAGGGCCUACCUUUUUUUUUUUGGGUAAAUGAAUGUAGCUUUUCUUUA